AGAGGCUGCCGCUGCUUCGUCUCAACUUUCCGCCCGAAUACGACAAACCGUCCGGGGAGGAAACUCCGGAGCCCCGGGAACAUCCGCACACCGCCGCCGACAGCAGCAGCUCCUCCGCCGGCCUCCGGUACACACGGGCGAUGGCGAGGCCGAGCCACAGCGAUCACGUCCUCCAGCAGCUCAACAACCAGCGGGAGUGGGGCUUCUUGUGUGACUGCCUCAUCGCCAUCGGUGACAUCUACUUCAGGGCGCACAAGGCCGUCCUGGCGGCGUGCAGCUCCUACUUCAGGAUGAUGUUCAUCCGGGACCAGCAGGGGGCUGGCCGUCUGGACCUCAGCAACAUGCAGAUCAGUGCCGAGUGCUUUGACCUCAUCCUGCAGCUCAUGUAUCUCGGACGCAUUGUUGUGGGGAGCUACGAGUUUGAGGAGCUCAAGGCCUCCAUGGCAUACCUGCAGAUGUACUACAUCCCAGACUCUCUGGAGGACCUCAGGGACAUCAGGAGCUCCAACAUCACCCCAUCCUCCUCCUCUUCGUCCUCCUCGUCCAGUUCCUCCACCGGACCCGCUGGUGGGAAGAUGAUGUUUGGAGUCCGCAUGUAUGAGCAGCAGCGACCUGCUGCCCCAGAGGGAGAACGUUUACCGAAAGCUGUCACCACCAGCGCUGGACGUCCAGCUGUUCCAGCAGCUGUUAGCAGGCCGGUGGUGGUGGAGGAGGUGGUGGCUGCUCCUCUGAUCGUGGCACCGCCUGCAGCAGAUGGAGCAGUUGAGCAGCCAUGCGACUUGAGAAAGAGAUCCGCUGGCAGAAGUUCCACUAUCAAAGACCGUCCUAGGUUUGGCCGCACCUACACCUGCGAUGACUGUGGCUUCGUCUUUAGCUGCGAGAAGCUUUUAAUCGAACACAUCCUGACCUGUACGAACCGGAAAGCCUACCAUCCGCCCAGAGGUAACGUGGAAGGUGACAAUGACUCCAGUAAAGCUGAGAGCUCCGCCUCCGAGAGCAUAGAGGAACACAGGGUCAUCUGUAAAGGCGAGGACGACUGGCCUGAGACCAAGGCCGACUCUGACCUCGCCAUCAGGUCGGUGGCAGCUGGCACAGAUGGAGAGCCUGGGUCAACCAGGAGCAUCAAGACAGAGCCGGAAGAAAGCAUGUUCCCUGAGAUAGAGGUUGUCCGGGUCGGUGAGCACACAGCCAGAGACUGUAACACACGAUUCAGUGACGCUGCACAUAAAGACAUGAGGGAGAAGACAGGACCGGACCGUGAACCAGAGCCUGGCGUCUCAGGUUUGGAGAACAGCAGCGAGCCUUUUGAAGGCCACAUGUCAAGCAGCGAUGAUUCAGGAGUCCCUACGAAGCUUCGUAAGGUCAAAGAUGAGAAGCAGGACACGGACUGUGCGCCCUGUGAACUGUGUGGUGCUCUGUUAACUGAGGAGGACAAGUCAGCCCACUACCUGUCCAACCACAUGGGCCAUAUAUGUGCCUGUGGUCGGUGCGGUCAGGUGCUGAUCAAAGGCCGGCAGCUCCAGGAACAUGCAGAGCGUUGCGGUGAAUCCCACGGCGGUGAGUCGGACUCACACGGAGAGGACGAGGCCUCCCUGCUGGAAGAACCGCAGGGGAUGGAGGAGGGUCUGCUGGAGGCGGCUGACCUGGCCUGCCCUCACUGUGGCCUGCUGUUCCAGAACGAGAGCCUAGCGCUGGAGCACGCCUUGACCUGCCACGACCAAGAGCUGUUCCGCCCAGUGAUGCUGGAGGAGGGCAGCGAACCAGAUCACCGCCGCAAACACUUCUGCAGCAUCUGCGGUAAAGGCUUCUACCAACGCUGCCACCUGCGGGAGCACUACACUGUCCACACCAAGGAGAAGCAGUUCACCUGUCAGACCUGCGGGAAGCAGUUCCUGCGAGAACGCCAGCUCAGGCUGCACACCGACAUGCACAAAGGCAUGGCACGCUAUGUGUGCCCGGUCUGCGACCAGGGAACCUUCCUGAAACACGACCACGUUCGACACAUGAUCUCCCACCUGUCAGCCGGAGAAACCAUCUGCCAGGUGUGUUUCCAGAUCUUCCCUGGUGGAGAGCAGCUGGAGAAACACAUGGACGUCCAUCUGUACAUCUGCGGCGUCUGUGGAGAGAAGUUUCGCCUCCGUAAAGACAUGAGGAGCCACUAUAACUCAAAGCACACCAAGAGACUAUAGGAACGAUUCAAACGUCCUCUGCAUUUAUACUAGUUUGUUACUAAAAGCCAUAAAUGUGAGAACAAAUUAUGCACUUGAACACCAAAAAGACAACUUUUAAAAUCUGCACUUUUAAAGUAUAUGCAUAACCUAAACAGGUGUUCACACUGCGAGCAGCACGGCUGGUGAUUGGUCGCUCUGUUAUGACUGAUGGUGGCCUGAGCCUUUGAUUGCAGCUUUGAUUGAAGCUUUUUUUAUUUGUUUAGCUUUGAUCAGGUGAUGGGAAGUUCUCAUGGUGCUGAAAUGUGCUCUCACUGUUUUGAAUCAGGAUUGUACAAGAUGUUUUCUUCCUGUCUUCUGUCAGAUUGAAGUCAGAACCUAUUUCUGUUGAUAAAACAGUCACACAAGGCGAGAAACAAUCAAGUUUAGAAAGCUGAUGGUGGAGUUAGACACCCAGCAGACUAAGUAGAUGUACAUUUUUAGAACAUUUAUGAAGAAGCUGGGAUUUUAUAUGCAGUAAAAAAUACGUGGGUUUUUUUUGUUUUGUUUUUU